UCUUAAAGAAGUAGUGACAAAUGAAGAGAUACAAGAGCAAGCGGCGUUUAUCGAAGAGAUAAGCAGAAGUGCGCCGAUUAAGUACCUCUACAAGUAUCUCUCCGCAAAGGGCGUCGCGUCGAAUAGUUUCCAAGACUUCAAGAGAAUGAUGACGAGUCUCUGGUUCGACCUUUACGGACGAGGUGGCACUUCCGGUUCUUCUUCCGCUUUCGAGCACGUCUUCGUCGGAGAAAUCAAACAGCGCGGGGAGCAACAAGUCUCCGGAUUCCAUAACUGGAUUCAGUUCUAUCUGGAAGAAUCGAAGGAGAGGGUGGACUAUCAAGGCUAUAUUUUUCCUCGAAGGCGUGGCCAAGUGCCUGAUGCAGAAACACAGUUGCUAACCAUACAAUUUGAAUGGAAUGGGGUUCUAAAGUCGGUGUCGAGCACGUUGGUUGGAGUGAGCCCGGAGUUUGAGAUAGCAAUAUAUACACUGUGCUUCUAUUUGGGGGGAGAAGAUAACUAUGUCGAACUCGGUCCGUACCCGGUCAAUAUCAAGUGCUAUCGCCUUGGGAACAAAAUUGGAUCUGCUUUUCCGAUUGCAGACUCGUAAUCCAUGCAAUCUAAUCUCUCUCUCUUAACCAUCAAAUAUUUAUGCAAGUUCUGAUGAGAACCUCUUUUAUAGCAAAUUCGUGUUAAGUUUAAAUAUGUAUUCAUUGUAUCUUCUUAUGUAUACUGAUGUUAUCAAACGGUUCGGUUGAAUUGAGUGUGUGAAUUGUUUAAGACAAUGUGACAUUUCUUGGCUUGUCAAAUGCUAUGGCUUUGAUACCAUCUGAAUUGGAUUUGUACGAUAAGCAUUUUCUUUUCUUUU